GGUAUCACCUACCGAAAGAUACCGACGUGACUUACCCUAACCGUGAGCUUCCUCUUGUGAUUUCUUGGAGGAUAAGCAAAGACUGGACUGCAAUCCUUGCCCAAGAGGAAUUUCUACAGUUUCCAAGGGAUCGCUUCGGGGCACCACUUUCAGGGCACCUUUUUCUUCCCAGAGGUGAAAGGAUGCCGACAACGUGACAUGGUCCCUUUACGGCUGCGCGGGACGCUGGUCCUGCAGAGAGCCGCGUCAUAUCCCUGUCUCACGUUAGGAUGGCAUUGGCUAUUAACGUGGAUUUUGCCGCUGCUGAACACGAUGCUGCUGCUGACGCCACCAAUCAGCGCCGAACAGCCCAAGGAGGAGAUGUGCCCCUCUUGGAACAGAAAGCCUUGGUGCCCGUGCUACGAGUUUGACAGCGACGUCUUUCUCGAGUGCAACUCUGUCACGCCGGACCAAAUAAGGAGUACACUACUUGAAAUUCACAGCCCCGUUAAGAUGCUCAGCAUAUACAACUUGCGGUCCAACAUGACCACGUUGCCAGCCGGAUUCUUCGUAAACAGGACCAUCGCGCGAUUAUUCGUGUCGAAUACCCCGCUGGAGAACGUGGAAGACGGUGUUUUCGAAGGCCUGGAAGACUUUCUGGAAACUUUAUCACUAACGCAAAGCAAACUAACGCACGUUCCGAAAGGAGCGCUGAAAGACCUAAGAUCACUUCGGUCUCUCGAACUAAGUUCAAACAAAAUCGUCGCACUUGAAGGCUACGUUUUUUACGGACUUCAGCUAACGAACCUGCAACUUUCAAAAAACAAUAUUACGGACAUCACAGAGUAUGCGUUUGGAGGGCUAGAGAACAGCCUUGAAGAACUCAACCUGAUAGACAGUGGUCAAAAAGAGUUCCCCUUAAACGCCCUCAGAAGACUCAGGAGCCUGAAAGCAUUGAGACUUGCUGAAAACGAAAUCAGAGAUAUACCAGAUGACGGAUUCACAAGAUUCACUGCACUGCAACGGCUAGACCUAAGUUCGAAUCGCAUCCGCGAACUCAACGAGAGAAGCUUUGUGACCAUGCCGCGACUCAAUUCUCUCUCGCUUCACAUGAACCAACUGAGUGAUCUAGAUGACUCGUGCUUCAUCCAUCUUCUAGAGCUGGAAGCACUGGACCUCAGUCAGAACAUCAUCCACACGCUCGGUCGCAAAGUCCUGGCGCCCCUUAGAAGGCUACGCACCAUCGAGCUGAGUUCCAAUCACCUGCACAGCAUAGAAAGUGGCACCUUCCGAAACAUGACUCAUCUUCGUGAAGUCCUUCUCACCAACAAUAACAUCCUGCGGAUAACAAAUGAUACCUUUUUAAACUCGUCGCAGAUCUCGGCACUCUUUCUCGCGAACAACGCUAUCACGCAGAUUGAGAUUGCCGCCUUUUAUCCGCUACCACACUUGUUCCAGCUUCACCUUUCUCACAAUCAGCUGCGUUCAAUACACCCAACCAUGUUCAAGAACAACCGUGAACUGCGCUCCCUAUCUCUAGACAGCAACCUGAUUGCUGACCUGCUUCCCGGGACAUUUCAAGAACUCGUCGAGCUCCGGGACCUGAGACUAGAAAACAACCUGCUUAAGAAGAUACGGAAGGGAGUUUUUUAUUCGUUGCCAAAUUUGCAAGAGCUGCACCUCCAGUUCAACCGAAUUGAGACAAUCGAAAAUGAAGCCUUCCAGAGCCUGGCGAAUUUGCAGCACCUCAAUCUCCACGGCAAUAGGCUCACAGACGUAGGCGACAUUCUGAGUCGGUAUCCAUCCAGCCUUCGUUCUCUGAUCCUGACGCAAAACGAAAUAAGCAACAUGCACACGGACAGCAUGAGUGGUCUAAAUAAAGUGGAUAUUCUGUGGCUAGACUGGAACCGACUCAAGAGGAUCAAGAAGCAAAUAUUCCGUGACCUCAUCGAAGUGGACCGACUCCACUUGAAUCACAACGAAAUCAUAGCUAUCGAAGACGGCGCAUUUGAAAGGAUGGUCAAGCUGCGAGCUCUUUACCUUGAGUACAAUACACUGAGCCACGUGAACACGGACAUGUUUAGAGGCGCUGAAAGCCUGGAAGAGCUCUACCUAUCGCAUAACAACAUCAUGGACAUUGAACCGCAAACGUUUCAGUCACUGAAGAAACUUCGAAUUCUGCACAUGUCGCACAACCAAAUUUACGUUAUAAGAAAGUACAUGUUCGAAGGUCAAAUACCACUACAGGAAUUGUUCCUCUCAAGCGUGAUGGCAGAAGACGUUGAAGCAGGGUCGUUCCUUGACCUGUCAGCUCUCACUCAUCUCGACCUUAGCAAUAACAAACUUAUUAGUGCUAGGGUUGACUUUUUAUACCUGCCUAGCGUGAAACACCUAGACCUUUCAGGUAAUAACCUUACCGGUGUUCAUGAUAACAUCUUCUACGGCCUCUCUUCCUUGGAGACUUUAAAAGUUGAGAACACUGAAAUAAGUCCAAUCACAAGCAAACUUUUUGAGCCACUUUCUCAACUGAGGAUCUUGAACAUCAAAGGUAAUGCCCUGGAUUCCCUGGAAGGCACAGAACUGCGAGGCCUCGUGAAUGUCACGGAACUACACCUCGAUGGAAACAACCUUAAAUCUUUGCCAACGGUUUCCGAGUCACUGCCAAAUUUACAGUUAUUGUCACUUUCGCAAAACAAGAUAAUUUCAGUACCGAGCAACGCUUUCAAGGGAAACGUUGAACUCGUCAAGAUAAAUCUUACUGACAACAUGAUUUUUGACUUAAGCAAGGGUGCAUUCCGUGGUUUGCCAAACCUCAAGGUGCUGGAUCUCACCGAAAACGCUCUCUUCUCCAUCAAUUCCACAAUAACCGAAGAUCUCGGAGCACUUCAGGUGUUGUCUCUCGACGGAAACAAUUUCACCUUCAUUCCAAAUGCGCUCCUGACAUCCAACAUGGACGAACUCACGACGCUAACCCUAAACCGAAAUCCUCUAAUUAGAUUUCGUGAAGACUUUACGACCGAAGGAAGCCUACCCGCACUGCGCACUCUGAGCAUAGAUCAUGGCAAUAUCUCUAUCAUAGCGUCCAAUGAUUUCUUGGGCUUCCCUUCCCUCUCCACGCUCUCCCUUCGGCACAAUAGUAUCAUAAAAGUGUCGCCCGGUGCAUUCAAGCCUCUGAAAAAGCUCCAGGUGCUCGACUUGGGACACAACGCCAUUGAAAUCUUGCCUUCGGAACGCUUCCAGGGCAUCGAUAACCUGCAGGUGAUCAACCUCACGCGGAACAAUAUCGUCGACGUAACCCGUUUCGGCACCGACCUACAACAUUUGGAGCAUCUGGACCUGUCGUUCAACAAGAUAUCCCGUCUUCACGAAGGGGUGUUCAGCAGUGUGUACGGCCUGAAAGGUUUAUGGCUGGGCGACAACCAGAUCGGCUGGAUUGCCAUCAAUGCCUUCGCGAACCUUACAGCGCUCGUGAGCCUCGACCUGCGCAACAAUCGACUCGCCUACCUCUCCAGCUCUGUGCUGCAACCCAUUGAGGUGCGGCUUGGAGAGCUGCUUCUCCACGGCAACCCGUUCCACUGCGACUGUCGCCUGCUCGGUCUCUGGGAAUGGCUGCAGGACCAUCCGCGCCUCAACACGAGGCGACCGAGCUGCGCGCAGCCGGACAAACUGGCAAACCAGUCUGUCGCCUCACUGCACCCGGUCGACUUCUGCCCCGCGCCCCUGAUGACUUCUGCCGAGGUGCGCCGCCUCGACCACGACCGCCUUCAGCUCGAGUGGGACGUCCAGAAUGGGACACUUAUCGGCGGCUUCCUGGUAACCUACCACGCCACCUCGGAGCCCGCGCCGGCUGCUGGCGCUUCUCUCGAGCCGGGCGUGCGCCGCUAUGAGGUGGAUGGGCUGCGCUCCGAGACCUGGUACACGGUGUGCGUUACCGCCACCGGAAAGUACCUGCGCAGCCUCGGUCGCCCCACGCCCUACACGGCUGACGUGGAGCGGCCCUACGACAUGUCCACUAACAACCGCAAGUGUUUACAGGUGCGCACCCUGGCACGCACGGACAGGACGCGCGUGACUCUGUCAACGCUGGGCAUGAUCCUGGGCGGCAGCGUGAGCGCCGUGCUCAUUCUCGUGCUCGCGGUGCUGCUGACAGCGCUGAAGUUCCGACGGCGACGCAGGCGUCGGCGGCCGGCCAAGGCACAGGAGGUUCCACAGGAGUACAUCUCGUAUCGACACUUCUCAAUACAAAGCAACGACGGUGUCUACUCCUGACAGCGCGAGCAGCGCCUGGCGCAAGGCGACAUCGUCAUCGAGUGAUUGUGAUGACCAUACUUUCCUCCACGCCGUGCUGUGUGGAAGACCAGAGGAGUGACAGCAUCUCUGAGCCGACGAGUGCUGUCCGUUCGCACUGGUGUUUGCGAAUACUGACAAAGAAGGAUUUCUCAGCCUGUGCAAUAUCGGAGUUCCAGCUUUGUGUCCUCAUUUCUUUCCCUUACAAGAUAGUUGUGAAAACUGGGUAUUUUUAGUGCGUGCCAUAGAGCACAUUCAUUUGAGGCUAAGCAACUCUUACAGAAAACGCCAAUUAUUUGAAAAAUUUAUUGAUAGCCAUGCGAACGUGAACACACGAACCUCGCUUCGCAUUGAUGCCGUACUUAUCAGUCAUCUUCAAGCAUACUGCUCGCGAAGUUGGCCUAGCUGAACUAAUAUCUGGGACUCAGCCCUAGUUUUGACUCAGUUACGAGUCGAAUCAGAAGUUGUAGUGAUUACGUGGUUCUUCCUUGUCGAAGAGCCCACAUGCUCGACCACAACAAUAUUCAAUAAUCUUAUAUAAAAUGAUGUGAGAAUCUAUAGAGAAUCCCGUAUUUUCCAUACGUCUUGUGGGAUUAUCGGAUACGGGAGUCCCAGGGCAUACAGCAUUUUUUUAUGGGGUUAGCUUGCAUCUCAAGCAAUGUACUAGUUCCAGUCAAAUUUAUCGCCCACAGUAUCUAAUAGAGCGUUCUUCACAGUACUAUAUCGAACAUUUCCCAACUGCCGCAUAUGGACUCUGAAACAGUCUGAAAGCCAACCGGAACCACACGAAGAAGAUAGCGUGCUUCAUUGUAUAGAUAGUUUAUCGAGUUGAGAGUGUUUUUAUAGUUUCUUUGAGGAGUGUUCAAAUUCCUUUUGCAAACACCAGUGCGGACGAGACAUGACGACGUGCUUCCCCUACAGACGUACGGUGGCAAGGCAGAGAAACAAUAAUGGCGACGAAGUUCAGACUUAUUGAAACUGUGCCUACGUGAUCUGCCCACUGCAUCGUACGUGACGAAAAAAAAGAGGAAAUCAGUGUCGAAACAAGAACUAGGCGGGCUGCUAACGACCCGGUCUAUUGUGACGCCUCCCAAGCGUGACACCCACGUGGCGACUUCCGCAUGAACUCUGAGUUCGUGCUUGACUCCAGCGAAGAACGCCAGAAGUUUGCCGAAGACUUUUACACGCUGUGUUUACGGAAAUAUUUCGCAGUGAACUCGACGCACGAUGUUUGUUCUUGAUGUUGAAUGCACUACUUGUUUUGAUUUCACUUGCAGCAAGAGCGCAGAGUACGCACAUUUCAUAUCUAGAAACAGUUGUAUGCCCGUGCACUGUCUGAAACAUACUUAUCUUCGGAAUGGUUAUGAAGAGUUUUUGCUCAUUGGUUUGUACCGGUUGUCUACGCUCUGCCGAAGUUUUUGUCGUGUGUAUGAUUAAAGAAGUAUGCUUUUUUGAUGAAUGGAAGCAGGAGAAGUCAGUGGUGUCUGGUAUAGCAUUUCAAGGCUUAUAGAUGUCCAACAACUGGGAGGUAUAGGGGGUAGAUUCUCGUGCAUGGUGAUUUUAUAAAAAAAAAACUAUGUAUCGGCAACAAGUAAGUGUGAAUUUAGUUCUACUUUUAAAACAGGGAGUUAUUGGUUUAAUGUUUGCCUACUGAAAAAAAAAAUAAACAGUAAGCACGUAGCCUU